AUUGCGGAAGGCACAGGAAAGGGAGUGUGAUGAUGAUGAUGAUGUCUGAUACCCAGGCUACUGUUGGCACUAUGAAGAAAAUGUCUUUGUCCCUGCUCGAGGCUGCACGUUCUCGAUAUGAGAGUCUCCAGAUUUCAGACGAUCUUUUUGGGGAGUCGGGGGACGACAGCAGCGGUAACCCCUUUUACAGUACCUCUCCAGACUCCCGUUCAUCAGCUGCGGGCGGUUCUUCUGAGGAUGAUGAUGAUCAGGCUGACGGUAAAGAUCCACCAAAAUUGGAACAAGAAGACUCUAGGGAAUCUGGUCAGAAAGAACCAGGAGAGGUCCAUGAAGACGUGGGAUUUGCACAGUGGCAAGCAUACGAUUUCAAAGUGGGAGCAAAUAGGGGCAGAAACAGGGAGGCAAAGAGGUGGGGAUCCGAGCUGAUAAAAAAUGCAGGCUUAAGAAAGGCUGGAGAAGACCAAGUGAAUGAUGGUAAAACGGAGAUGUCCAACAAAUAUGCACAGACAAGGCCCGGCGAUGACCUGAGAGAUGAAGGCUGGUCAGACAUCCUUCAUGAUGUGCCCACCCCCAGCUUCAAGGAUACCAGUGGACCUACUCGUAAAAUACCAGCUGGUUCCAGUGUAAUGGAUUUUUUCCAGUUGUUUAUCCCUGAUAAUGUGAUAAAAAGUAUGGUAAAACAAACCAACAUGUAUGCCAAGAAGUUUCAGGAAAGAUUUGGUAGGGACGAUGCAUGGAUGGAUGUCAGUCUGGAGGAGAUAAAGUCCUUUUUGGGCUAUAUGAUUUCAACAAGCACUCAGCAUUGUGAAUCUGUGCUCAGUAUAUGGAGUGGUGGGUUCUACAGUAAUAGGAGCAUCUCUCUUAUAAUGACUCAGUCAAGAUUUGAGAAAAUUCUGAAGUACUUCCAUAUUGUAGCCUUCCGUUCCAGUCAGACAACUAAUGGCCUCUACAAGAUCCAACCAUUUCUCGAUGCUCUACAAAAUGGUUUUGACUCUUGUUUCAGACCUUCACAAACCCAGGUGCUACAUGAGCCUUUAAUUGAUGACGAUCCAGUAUUCAUUGCUAGCUGCACAGAACGGGAAUUGCGCAAAAGGAAAAAGAGAAAAUUCAGCCUCUGGGUUAGACAGUGCUCUUCUACAGGAUUCAUUUGCCAGAUUUACGUCCAUUUAAAGGAAGGAGGUGGCAUGGAUGGCCUUGAUACCUUGAAGAAUAAACCACAGCUACAUAGCAUGGUAGCCAAAAACCUGUGUCAAAAUUCAGCUGGGAAAAAACACAUUAUUUUUACAGGGCCAAGCAUCACAAGCUUGACUCUCUUUGAAGAAUUUGAAAAACAAGAUAUUUAUUGCUGUGGAUUGCUAAGCGCCAGGAAAAGUGACUGUACUGGGCUUCCUAAGUCAAUGCUGAAGAAUACUGAAGUACCCCAGUGUCGAGGGCAAUAUGGAAUUAAGAUGAAGAAAAAUAUGUCUCUCAUAUGCUGGUACAACAGAGGAUAUUUUCGUUUUCUCACUAAUGCCUAUUCUCCUGUUCAGCAAGGUGUCAUCAUUAAAAGAAAGAGAGGAGAGAUUCCUUGUCCUUUAGCAGUGGAAGCAUUUGCUGCACAUCUCAGUUAUAUCUGUAAAUAUGAUGAUAAAUAUAGCAAGUACUUCAUUUCUCACAAACCAAACAAAACAUGGCAACAAGUUUUCUGGUUUGCUAUAAGCAUUGCAAUAAACAAUGCUUACAUCCUCUACAAAAUGUCUGAUGCAUAUCACGUACAGAGAUAUAGUCGUGCUCAGUUUGGAGACAGACUUGUACGAGAACUUCUAGGACUGGAGGAGACAUCACCUUGCCAUUGAUACCAGACAUGUCAUCAGCUUUAUAACAGUUGCCUGGAAGCAACAUUCAAGUCUGAAACUCUGGAUCAUUCAGGGAUCUUGACCUCGAUUAUGCCAACCUAAACAUGACAUUGAAUGCCUCAUUGAGUCAAGAGGAUUUAAACCAGGAUUUUGAUUUUGCAGGCAUUAUUAGUACUAUUUUGUGAUUCACAUCUGGAAAAAAACUUGUAAUACAUUAACAAAAUCAUAAAAUCUUCAACCUAAAAUGUGAGAUGGAGAAGUUUAACACUAGUGAUCAGUUUGUACAAAUAAUACAUAAUUUUCAAUCCUUUUCUUUAAUUGCAAAAAUUAGUUUUUUUUUGUCAGGUUCAGCUAA